AUGCAUUUCACAAACCUUCUCCCUCUCUUAACCCUCCUUGCCACCCCACCAACAACAACAGCCCUCAGCGCCGCCCGCGUCUGGGCAAACUUCUCCCCCCAAUGCCCAGCCGACGACCACACCUCCUACCCCGAUGACCCCAAUCUCAAACUCCACGAGGAAUUCACAACUGCCGUCGACGUCGUAGCCAACAAAUGCCAGGAAGUCCCCGUUCCGCUCCGCUACACCCUCGAAGUAGACCACAUCUCUAUCGACGCAGAGCUCUUUUGGCAAGACAGUCUCGACCAAUGCAACAUUACCGUACACGAGCUACCCGGGUGCAGCGAGCCACCUCUUAUACGGAAAGCGCUUGGGCAAGGCAAGACGAUCAGCGAGUGCGAGGAGCGCAACUUUACGACUUUUACGCAGGUUUGGGUGAAGCUAGAGUGCGAGAAGAUUAGGCCUGUGUAUCAUGAGAUGGCAUCGUGGCUUCAUGGGAAGGUUGGGAGUUAUACGGCUGGGAACUAUACGGGGGCCGUAGGUGCUAAUAAUACGGGGAAUAAUAAUGGGACUGGGAACGGGGUGCAUAAUGGAUCGGCUUUGUCGAGGGUUUGGAGGCCCAGGCUUCUGAGGUUGUGA